CAAGUACUUUUACUUUUACUUGAGUACAGUUUUGGGUACUCUACCCACCUCUGGGGAUGGGUCAACAGUGUAAUUAUAAAUGUAAUAACAGAAAUUAAUUACAGAUGUAAUUACAUAUAGGUAUUUUUAAAAAUAUAAGUACAAUGUAAAAACAUGUAUGUACACAAUAAGUGCAUUGUACCAAAUGAUUAAUUUAAAUGUAAGUACAUAGUAGUUAAGGCCACCUAAUAUAAAGUGGGACCUUAUUUUCUUUUGCAAUGCUUAAAUUUUCUUGCAAAUAUGUAUGGAAUUAAAUUGACUCCAUAGGAAGUUCAGCUAAAUGCUUUAUUGUCACUCCCACAUUGUAAAAUAUAAAGCAAUAAACCAUUAACUUGAAUUUGUCCUCAUUGCUUCAACAUAUUUGAUGGUACAUAAGUACAGCCAUUAAAUACUCAUGUCAUCAGCUCAGCAGCCCAUGUUUAUGGUUACAUGUGAGGUCACAUGAAAGUGCAGCUAAUGACAUAUUUCACAUGCACCUACACAGCUGCAUAAGAACUGCCUAUAAUAGUAAUCAGAACCUUAAAGCCCUAUGUAUAACAAAUUGUUUUGACAUAAUUCCAGUGAUCAGCACAGUUAAUGUUAACUAAACUAAAUAAUCUGCAUCAAGGAGAAACCGAUGCCCUUUCACUUCUCACUAGAAUUACAGUUGACAGCUCAGGGCACUUUUGGAAUUAAGGUCACAAUGUAAAGCAUUGGUGAGGAUCAGAUUCCCGGUCAGCGGUGAUUGGAGGACAAUGCCGUCACACCUCAUGAUUUGUUGAAAUGGAGAGUCUGAUUCUAUUCUUGGCUUGUGCAGUGGUGAUAUCAUCAGCAAUGCUUUCCAUUCAGCUGUGCAUUUGGCAUAUUUAUCGAACUGACCUCUCUGAACACUCAGCCUCUGUGUUGUUGAUGAAAACAAUGAUGAGGGCCCCCUUGUCAUGCAAUUACCCUGCUGAUCACAUGUCAUUUGUUCUAAAAAUACAAGAUACAGAGCAACAGUGAUGAUAUAAAUAGCCAUAAAAUCAAACAGGUAAGAAGUGGAAAGGAUUGUCAAUAUUAGCCAUGCUCUCCCAAGGCAGUGGGGCGCGUGUUGUCAGUCAAAAGGCCACAUUCUUGACAGAGAGAAGGCGGUCGUCUUUAGAAAGCAGCCAGGGUGUCAGAAAAGAAAAGACCAAGGGUUAUAAACAACCAGGCAUUGACUUUCUUUGUCCCCCUGUUCUCAAUGACCUGCUAACCCACCACUGGAGAGACAUGCAGGAUGGGUUCUCUGAUCCAGAGCAACUAAACAAAGUUCUUGAAUUUCAGAGCGAUGAACUGCUGUGGACUGCUCAGAAACGGGGUCUUUGGUCUUUGGAGUAUAAAAGAGAACUGACAAGCCCACUGUGUAUUGCCGCUGCACAAGGUUUCUCUGAAUGCCUGCUAUAUUUACUGGAACACGGCGCACACCCCAACCUUAUCGCAGGAGGAAAAGCAGCACUUCACGAGGCCUGUGCAAACGCUAACACUGAAUGUGUAGAGCUGCUGCUGGAACAUGGAGCUAAUCCUAACCAGAUGACAGACGAGGGACUGACUGCCUUACAUCACUGCAGAACACCACAAUCACUACGUUGUGCAAAGGCCUUGGUGAGAUAUGGUGCCAAAGUGAACUUACCCAAUGAAGAAGAGGAUGAAACACCACUGCAUGUGGCAGCUAGAUAUGGUCUACCUCACCAUGCACAGCUGUACCUACGAUUCGGAGCCUGCGUGAACCAUAGCAGCUCUGCUGGGGAAAUACCACUGGGGGUGGUUUGUGGAGUCGCCCCAGAAAAGACAGACGACAGCCAAGAUGAACGAUACCUCGAGAUCUGUCGUCUCCUCCUGGCCUAUGGAGCUAAAAUUAAUUCAUCUGAUAAAGAACGCCGCAGUCCUCUACACAAGGCAGCCCGCAAUGUUCAGCUUAAGCUGGUGGAGCUUCUCUUGGACCAUGGGGCUGAUAUCAAUGCCAUUGACUAUAAUGGAUGUUCACCGCUGUCUAGUGUUCUACAAAGCUCUGUGGUUCGGCAAGAGUGGGAACCUCACAGGGUUGUUCAGACUUUGUUAAAUCGGGGCUCUGUUAAAGUCUGGCCACAAGCACUGCUGAAGGUAUUAACAGCCUGCGCAGAGGCACCUAAAACUGUGGAAAUCCUGUUUAACUCAUACACACUUGUUCCUGUGACCUCCAAAUGGGUUGAGGCUAUACCUGAGGAUAUUUUUCAUCUUCACAGAUCCUUUUAUGAGUCUAUCUUUGCACUGGAGUAUAAACCACGUAGUUUACAGCAUCUGUGUCGGUCUGCACUGAGGAAACAGUUUGGGAAAAACUGCUGCUCAUUCAUUCCCAGGCUCCCUGUACCAAAGCCACUUGAACAGUAUCUUCUUUUGGAACCGGAGGGAUACAUUGACUAGAAUCAGACCUUCUGGCAGAAACCUUUAGGGAACUACAGAAGGGGUUUUUAAUGCAAGAAAUGUAACACUCUGGCAAAGAUCACCAUACAGUGAUAUUAUUAGAGAUUGUAUUUUUUCCACCUGUUUUCAUAAAUAAUCUAAAAUAUUAGUGUAAAUGGCUUUAACCUCUUAACUGUACCGUCCCCUCUGUGGGACGCCUACGUUUACUUCACUAUUUUACAAUUAAAUCCUAAUCUAAUCAUGACAAACUAUAUAUCAUUGGAAAGGUCUAAGACUCCUAAAUAGGUAUUUUACCACUUUUUCUGUUAAAAAAUUAUGUAGGAAAAGUAAUAGUUUAAUUUAUGACAAGAGUGCACCUGAAAAAAAUCUACAUCAUGACAUGAAUUCUGACCUUUGUCACAAAAAAGCCUUCUUAGUUGCCUUUUUUCUCUAUCACGAAUUAAAAAUCAUAAGAAAUUAUUUAUCAGUAGAAAACUUAAAAUCUCAAAAUUCAUCCUUUGAAACCCAUUUUAAAAUCAGACAUUGCAUUACCAUGGAAAUGGUACAUUAAAAUCAUGUUACAAAAUAUUUUCAUUAAUGAAUUAUAAAAAUAUAAGUUUGGAUAGUGCACUAUAAUGUCUCUGUUCAAAACUGUGAGUGACAGUUAAGGGGUUAAAAUAUAUUUUAUUGUUUGAAUGACAGUGUGUUGCAGUUGCAGCUCAAUUAACGUUUAAUGCUUAUUAUUUCAUUAAGAAAUAAUUUUGUCUGUCAAUAAAAUAAUAUCUUUUGUCUGUCUGUCAUUUCUAUCUUUAUUUCUCCAGCAUAUAGUGUGUUAUAUGUAAGCAUUGACCACUCACAAUACAAUAGCAACGGGUUGGUAGAAAUAAGUAGGCUAAUCCGGUAAAGAAAGAGAUGUUAUACUGACAUUUAUCAGCCUCAAUGCAUGAAAUUUGAUUAUUAGCUGCUGUCGCCUGACAACAUCAACGCUGUUUGUGGACCUGUGAAUUGCACUUGUUUUGCUUUGUAAUUGACUU